CCACGACUCCCCCUGCCCCCCAUGAUCCUCCCUUGUCUGCCCCACCCCUCGAUCCCGAUCUGGAUCGGGGGCGGCAUCCACCCCGCCGACCGCGCCCUGCGGUGCCCCUACACCAGCGCCACCUCACCUACACCGCCCAGUCACCGCCGCCCCAACCGCGUCACCUCCUCCAUUCCCUCCCCGACCUGGACGCCCCUCGCGCUGCACCCGACCAUGCCGUCGCUCCGGAUGGUGGGCUCCCGGCCGCGAGCGCCCGUCCUCGACGCCCGAGCUCCCUCCCCAUCGCUCUCCUUCAGCACCGCCGCCCUCCACGACGCAGGCACGCCACCGCCUUGGCGCUGCCGCGGCGACCGAGCCGCUCACCCCCCCCCCCCCCCCCCCCCCCGCUCGGUCUGGGUGCCCGCCCGCGCCCAGGGGCUCGAUCCCGCGCCCCCCUCAUCGUCGCCAUGCUCCGCCAUCGCGCCCGGUGUCCGCCUCGCCGUCAUUGUUUGCCAGCACCGCCCGUCGCCUCCUCGACCCCGACGCGCCACCUCCCCGCCGUCGCGUUCCCCUGCAUCGUGCCUCCCCUUCAACGCGGGUGAGGAACCCCCCCCCCCCCCCCCCCCCCCCCCCCCCCCCCCCGCUCGGUCUGGGUGCCCGCCCGCGCCCAGGGGCUCGAUCCCGCGCCCCCCUCAUCGUCGCCAUGCUCCGCCAUCGCGCCCGGUGUCCGCCUCGCCGUCAUUGUUUGCCAGCACCGCCCGUCGCCUCCUCGACCCCGACGCGCCACCUCCCCGCCGUCGCGUUCCCCUGCAUCGUGCCUCCCCUUCAACGCGGUGCUUCUUCCCCCUCUUCUCUUCGGUAGACCCCGAGACCGAUGCAGCCCUUGUGAUCGCCUACACGGGUCGGUCCUGA